GCCGAGCUGGGCGCCGAGGCCGCGGGCAAGGGCCGCGCGCCCGCCGAGCAGGACUGGGUCAACCGGCCCAAGACGGUGCGCGACACGCUGCUGGCGCUGCACCAGCACGGCCACUCGGGGCCCUUCGAGAGCAAGUUCAAGAAGGAGCCGGCCCUGACUGCAGGCAGGUUGUUGGGUUUCGAGGCCAACGGGGCCAACGGGUCUAAAGCAGUGGCAAGAACAGCAAGGAAAAGGAAGCCUUCUCCAGAACCAGAAGGUGAAGUCGGGCCCCCUAAGAUCAAUGGAGAGGCCCAGCCGUGGCUGUCCACGUCCACAGAAGGGCUCAAGAUCCCCAUAACUCCUACAUCCUCUUUUGUGUCUCCACCGCCACCCACUGCCUCACCUCAUUCCAACCGGACCACACCGCCUGAAGCGGCCCAGAAUGGCCAGUCCCCCAUGGCAGCCCUGAUCUUAGUAGCAGACAAUGCGGGGGGCAGUCACGCCUCAAAAGAUGCCAACCAGGUUCACUCCACUACCAGGAGGAAUAGCAGCAGUCCACCCUCUCCGUCCUCUAUGAACCAAAGAAGGCUGGGCCCCAGAGAGGUGGGGGGCCAGGGGGCAGGCGGCACAGGAGGACUGGAGCCAGUGCACCCCGCCAGCCUCCCGGACUCCUCUCUGGCAGCCAGCGCCCCCCUGUGCUGCACCCUCUGCCACGAGCGGCUGGAGGACACCCACUUUGUGCAGUGCCCGUCCGUCCCUUCGCACAAGUUCUGCUUCCCUUGCUCCAGACAAAGCAUCAAACAGCAGGGAGCUAGUGGAGAGGUCUAUUGUCCCAGUGGGGAAAAAUGCCCUCUUGUGGGCUCCAGUGUCCCCUGGGCCUUUAUGCAGGGGGAGAUUGCAACCAUCCUUGCUGGAGAUGUGAAAGUGAAAAAGGAGAGAGACUCGUGACUUUUCGGUUUCAGAAAAACCCAAUGAUUACCCUAAACUAAAACUGCUUGAAUUGUAUAUAUAUCUCCAUAUAUAUAUAUAUAUAUCCAAGACAAGGGAAAUGUAGACUUCAUAAACAUGGCUGUAUAAUUUCGAUUUUUUUUGAAUACAUUGUGUUUCUAUAUUUUUUUUGACGACAAAAGGUAUGUACUUAUAAAGGCAUUUUCUUCUUUUGUUAACGUUAUUAGCAUAUCUUUGUGCUUUAUUAUCCUGGUGACAGUUACCGUUCUAUGUAGGCUGUGACUUGCGCUGCAUUUUUAGAGCACUUGGCAAAUCAGAAAUGCUUCUAGCUGUAUUUGUAUGCACUUAUUUUAAAAAGAAAAAAAGCCAAAUACAAUUUUCUGACAUUGUAAGAUUGCCUUACUGUCUGUUAUUCUUUAUUGCUGGCCCCUUUCUCAGGCCUGAGGCCAAUUAGGAAGGAAAGGAAAUGAGUGCAAGGAGCACUGUUGUCAAGUGGGCAUGCCACUGGGAAAUAUCGCCAGGUUUACCCCAAAACGUUGUCCUCUCAGAGGAUAGGAAAAUAGAUUUUGAAUCUCUAUUUUGUUCUUAAAGUUCAGUUCUUGGAAUACUGAUGACUUGUCUGAGAGGUGCUGCUGGAAGAGGAUUGUGUGGUUUUUUUUGGGGGGGGGGGGGCUUUUUUUUUUUAAGGCAAAGUUGACCACUGUUCACCGUCCACGUGAUCAGUUGUAAGAUUACAAUGCUGCAUGCUAGCUGGUUAUAUAAGACGCGGUUCCAGUGAUGGAGGGCGUUCUCACGGCUGGUGGUGCCCAAGAUGGCACUGCCAUCUUCAGCAGAGCCUGGCUCUGCAGCGCCACUUCAUCUUUUUAAACACCCUGAGUUCUGUCUGUCGUUGGUGUUGUCAUUUCCUUUGAAAGAAUCACAAGAGAAGUUACAGUCCAGGUGAACUUCGAGAUUGUGGGGUUGGUUUUGUUUCUGUUUUGUGUUUUGUUUUUUAUCAUUUACCUGUAGUGCUGUUGCUGUUGAUGCUAUCACCUACACCCUGUUUCUAGUGAGUGCUAAAUACAGUAUGGUACAAUGACAAUAACAGCCGCGUGGUGCUGUGUUGCCAGGACUGCCCGUGGGCAUAUCAGUGACAGCCCAAAUGUGGGUGGAGGAAACCUGUAAUUUCCUUCUUAACAUGUGUUUGAAAUACCAAGUGAAUAAUACUGUUCUUCUGGGGGGAAAAAAAAUGAUAAACUAGUGAAAAUUAAAGAAAUGAAAGGUUUUACAUAAUAGGUCCCACCUCUCAAACUAUUUUUAGAAGACUUUUGUAAACUAAUUUCUUUUGAUCACUAUUUUGCAUCAGUAAGAUGAUUUUUUUAAACCAAUAAAUCUUCAGUUAUUAGAAAUAGCUGUCUCACAGUGAUACUGGUUUUUCUUUUGUGCUGUUAUGAUUUAACAUUGACAGGAGCACUAUUUUAAAUUCAUAUGUUCAGGUGUUUGUAACUUGUCCUUAUGAUUAGGCUGAAUCAUGACUUCAAGAUCUACUACAAUAUGUGUAUAUCAUUCACAGCCUAGCCUCUAUUUUAAUUUGAAAAUAUAUAGAUUGUUACCAACUUUGGGUUACUUUUUAGUUAUGUGUUUUGUCUUUUUAAAAUUGUUCAAGGUAUUUUUUAAUGGUCAAGUUACUAACACUUGAAAAUCAGAUACUGCACCAAAUACGGUAUUUUUUUGUAGUGUUUUUAAUGAGUGCACCUACUAUUAAUGCUGUGUGAGUUCAUGUUAUCAGUCAUUGAUACAUUGCAAACAGACUUGCAUGAUUAACCAGUUUGUCGUUACACCUUUUUUUUUUUUAAUUGGAAUAUAUAUGACUCAGAUCAGACUGGUUUCUCUCCUGUGAAUGCACAAAUGCAGAAACACAGAGUCAAUUUUACGUGUCCGUAAAGACAUUUGUAAAGAAUUCACUGUUGUGAUCUGUUGUAUAAGUGUGUAUCUAGGCACUUUACUAUAAACUGGAGUUUGACCUCAUAGAUAUUGAUCACAAUCAUUUGACAUAAUUUGUGCUAGCUAUCUGUAUGUUUUGCAGUCUUAAUACAGAUACGCUUUCCAAAAAGAUUAAUAAAGAACUAUCCUGUUGUUUUGGAUAAGUCUAUCCAGCUGUGGAAAAGGCAACCUGUGGUUUCUCUGUGCUGGUGUUUAAGGGGGAGAAUAUGAACAGCUUUGAAGGGCUGUGUGUUGGAGUUUCUGCUAUUAAAAUAUAAGAUCUGCACAAGUCUGACUGGGCCUUGGGUGGCCCUCAUGGAAGGCUUAUAGCUGGGAAGUGUUGAUGUGGGUUAUUUUUCUGACAUUCUCUUAAUUUAAAAAGUUAGCAUUGGGACACAUGUUAGAUCUUUUGUUGUACCUGAUGGCAGUGCAGAGAUUCUCCACAGCUGGAUAAAAAAAUCAGAAAGCUACUUACUGUACGUGGGCAGUAUCAGAUUUCAAAUCCUAAUAUUUCAGCUGUGCUUUUAAUACUCAGAAUAUUAGGGGAUGGGGUGUUGAAGCUUUCCCUUUUUUGCUUUAACAAUUUGUAGAAUUUAACAGAUGUACUGUCUUUCAUGUGGCCUCACGUUUAAAGUUAUGAGAACGUACACAAGGUUUACAACUUUUACUAUAUACCUUCCCUUGGCCACCAAGUAUUUUAAAAGUGUGCCACCUUUUAACCUUUAUUUUAAGUUGAAGGUGAUACUUUUUCUAUAUAUGAUGAAACUCAUGUCAACUGAAGUGAGUGUAAUCUCAGAAACCAACAUCAUUAUAUUUUAAAAUCACACUAUGGAAAUAUCACCUGCAUUCUGUCAUUUGUCAGAUUUACAGUACCUUUUUUUCUUUAACUUUUAGCAUUAAAUAAAAAUAAAAUUGGGAGCACUGAA